AUGAACAACUGGACAGUUACGAUGGACAGAAAUCAGACGCUGGCAGAACGACCGCCGCCGAGAUACACGGCUUCGAAGCCGGUCGACAUGUCUCGCCAGCCGCUGCGAUACGCUCGCCGGCCGAUUUACAUACUCGUCGCCUACCUGGUGCUGCUGGUAGUACCAUGGCUCUGCGUUUGCGUCAUCAACCGAAAAACAACAGCCGACCCGUGGGGGAUUAUCAUGCGGCAAGACCUCGACUCAUAUCACCGUUGGAUCGCCGCGGCUUCCUUUUUCAGCACCGUCGCGGCUGUGAUGGCUCUGCCGUGCGUUGCCGCGCUGCUGGCCUACGGCGCAGUCGUCUUCUCGCAGCGCCGGUCCAAGCAGCAGACACUCACUGUAAGACAGCUGCUUGCCAUCUCGGACUUGAAAUGGACAGCCUUUGUCUCCAGCGGACAGUCGUCUUCUUACCUCCUGCUGGCCACCGGAUUGCUUCUCCUCACCGCCGUACAGCCGCCGCUGCAGGCACUGUUAAUGCCGCCAUCGAGCCGCCCAGUGUACUCGUGCGAUAGCCUCAGGCCCUUGACUAAAUGGGAUCGAACGUGCGACGGCAAGGGACAGCCGGCCCAAAUGAUUGGCAAGGAUGCGGAGCCCGUUUUGCUUCGAGAGUCCAACGCCACCCAAAUCAUUGACAAUGUAAGAACAAGGAUGAUCAACAUCACCUCGGCCGACAUCCAGGAGAAUCUGUGGCGAGACGACGACACACACAUGAGCUUCGUGACCGGGGAGGAUCAGACUUACAACGACUCUUUUUGGGUAUCGACAAUGCCCGCCGGCGUGACGACAGGACCUCUCCGACAGCACUCCAUCCGGCUCAGCUCAACCGCAGACUGCCAGGUUGCACGCCGAGAAGAAUACCCUGCCAGUUGCGACGGCUACGCAACCUCUCUCCAAGGCUUCGGCAUCAGCGUGAGAACAUGCAUGCCCAGCAACAACACCAGCCCCGCAGCGCAUGGGGUUCCUCCGAGGCGGCGUCAAGACGUCGACGAAGUGCUGUAUAUCGACGCGCAGAUCAGCACGGAGGCGGCCGAGUCAAAGGACUUUUUGUCGGAGCCAGCCCAGAACGUCACCAUCAAGUGUGUCGCCAAAACCACGCGUGCCUUCUUUGAGAUUGGCAAUCUCCAAACGGGGUUGCGUCCGUCCGACAUUGUCGAGUGGCCCUCGGACGAAGACAUGGCAGCGCACUUCCACGACUACGAUUGGCAGGGCAACCUCAUCACCAGAGAGUCCGAAGACGACUGGAACCGCGACCGAUUCUACGGCUGGACCUCUGCCCAAGGCCCGUUGCGGGCUACCACCGAGGCGCUCUUUGGCAACGGCUCAUAUCCCCAGGCUGUGUUUGAGAUCCUGAGCCAGACCUUCCCGGACGGCCAACUACCCGGCAAUGCCACCUCCGAUGGCGAUGCGAAGCGCGCGGCGUGUUCAUUGCCGGCGCCUCUCCGUGCGUGGCAGCUGCCGUACAACUCCCACAACGACGACUACGACUCGUGGUACUCGUCCAUAUACCAGGGAUGCUCGCUCGCCGAGCUCCCCAAGACACUAUUCAGGAUUGCACAAGGCCUUCAAUAUGUCAAGGUGGCGCAAAGCACUCUCGGCGUCGGCAUGUACCUGUCCAACCUCGCCGUCUUACAGGACGCCGCAUCCAACGACGCCGCGAGGACCAUUUACAACCUGGCCAGCACCGACUUUGUCGCACCGCGCUACAGCGCAGGUGCCACCAUUGCGAUCAGCCUGCUCAUCAGCAUGCAGGCCAUCGCACUCAUUCUACUGGUUUGCUACAUUUACAGCCUGCCCACGUGGACCGACACCUUGGAUGCAUUCGCCAUGAUGAGGCUUGGAGCGCACUUGCGAGACUCGGUGGACUUUCCAUUUCUAGGCCGGGCCAGCCGAGAGGAGAUGGGGGUGUUGGACGAGACAGAUGGACUUCUCGGCGUCGUCGUCGUACGGGGCGCUGUGGGCAGAUCAGAAGAGGAUCUCGAGCUGGCGGCCCUGGCUUCGUCCAGCAGCGCACAGAGGGACGAGACAUCCGCGCAUCAGUACGCGAGUGUGAGCCCGUUAUCGCCGACAAGCACGGUCUCGUCCCGAGUCCCUUUGUCACCGGCCACCCAUACCAGCCAUGUGGUGGACGCCACUAGGCCUGGGAUGCCCACUAGCGAGCUGAGCGAGUACCUCCAGGGGGCCCCGCCGGCUUCCCCCACCACGACCACUAUCACGACGACGACGACGGUGUCUUCCCCCCGGAGCCCGUCGCCGCCCCCGCCGUACCUACCGGCGAGAUCGUCCAACAGAGACCAGCCGGCGGGGGGGCCGUUUGAGUUGGGGCUGGGAGCCUCUGGGCUUAUUACAAGAGCGUUAUGGGAGCGGUACAGACCGAGGUAG